UUAAAAUCUUAUCAAGUAAGGGCUGAAUGUUGACCAAGAUUAGAUGGAUCCAACUUACCCAGAUACCCAUGAUCAUUUCUAUGAGAAGCUGUUCAGCCAUAUGUCCCAGACCAGAACUCUUACACUCGAUAUUGAUUUCUUGGAUAUGAAUGCUAAUCCAGCACUUAAAUAUUCGAUUUCAAAAUUAAGGUCUCCUAUCAUUCUUCCUGUACCUCUAAAUGCGCUCUCCAAUGCAGUCAGAAGAGAAAGCACCCAAAGGGAGAGGUCUGAAGGUGGACUAAAUGAAGAUUUGGACAUUAAAACCCCACUUCACCUCAACAAUGUUGAAGAGAGUAGGCAAUCUUCACCAAAAGAGCCAGAGGAAGAAAAGCCAAGCGAGGAUGGAAAGGCAUCUCAAAAGAAAAUAGACAUGGAAACUCACUCGUUUACUUCUAAGACUGAGUCUAAAACUCCGAGGGAGAAGAGAUCUGACAAGAAAAGGAGAAGUAACAAGGUCGUCCUUAGUGACGAGCAGAUGAUGGAAGAGAAGGAGAAACUGAAGAAACAGUAUGAUAACCCUCCAGAUUCAGACGCCUUUGAGAUCAUCUAUGAGAAAGCCAAGCGUAAAAAUAAGGUCAAGAGAUCUUUUAAGUGAACUUACAAUCGAUGCAAUAGGAAGUUUGCCAAGACUUGGAAUCUCUUUGAUCAUUUGAGAACCCAUACUGGUGAAAGACCCUUCGUUUGUAAAAUCUGUAGCAAGGCUUUUGCCCAGAACGGGAAUCUUACCAAGCACAUGAAGGUUCACGAGUCUUAGGUUCAGAAUGAUAAUGGAGCAUAUCAUGACCCAAAUUCUAAUUUAAUUGGAUAA